AUGAGUGCUAGCAGUGGGGAGCAACCAGACAUGGAUCGAACGACCAUUUGUUUUCCCCAGCACGGCACUCAAGACGUCCUGCAACAUGGCAACCCCCGAUUCGAGCGGGAACUGGCUCGCUUGUAUUCGCCGGCGGAGAGCAGAGCACUGGAGCAGCUUAUCGAGCUGAAGAAGUCUUUGAGGCAGCUGUCAACAGAUGACUUCUGGGGUGCCCUCACCGAGGGCAUGUGCAAGAUCCUGGGUGCUGAACUCUGUUUCGUGAUGAAGCGAGUUCUCGUCGACGACCAGCAUUCCGCCGUCGAGAUGCCACCGCUCGGAGAGCCUGGAGCGUGCAUGAUGGCCACCGCACUUCACUAUUGCGGUCGAGACGGGACCAGAAACACCGCGAAACAGACCAAGUUUCAUGCGUAUGGCUGCCCAUGCGCGUACAUGCGCCACGACAAGGUCUUUUGCAUUCCAGAUCGUCUGAACGAAUUCAUCACGAACAACCCAAACACUUUGCCGACACCUUGCGACGCUUACAUGGCCGUACCAUUGUUUGAAGACAGCAAAUGCUUUGCACACUUCGGCGCCCUGUGGUCUGCUGAGAGUGCCGCUCAAAAGCCGCUGUCGUGGGCUUUCACUGAGCUGAUGAUGCAUUCACUGGAAGACAUGAUUGCCUACACCUUACUACAGGGUGCGAACUUCGUCAAGCCAGCGGCCGCGCUGACCGAGAAGAGCCGCAUCAUACCGCACGAUGCAGUCACUGUUGCUCAGUCUCUGCGACCCUACGCUGGCAGUCUGUCACAUGAGCUCAGAACGCCCAUGCAAGGCAUCGUGGGGAUGCUCGAUGUCAUGAUGGCCACCGUCAUGGAGGCAGCGGAGACUCAGAGCGACCCUCGAGUGCGCAAAGUCUUCGAGGCAUUGAAAGACAAUAUCGAAGUUGUCCAGGACAGCUCAAGACGAGCAGUUGAGGCUGCUGAUAAUGUCGUUCAUGCCUACGACAUGGACCUGAGCGUGCCGGAACUGUCGCUACCAUUGUCCGAAGAAUCUGCAGACUCUGCAUUGCCAUUCUCAGCCACUGCAGAUCGACGGCCGGAGAUCUUGGUCGCUGGCCACAAUCUGCCAUUGGCACGGCCAAACAAGCGGCGGCGAGAUGACGCGUUUCCGCAAGCAACUUCUCGCAAUACAAGUGAUUCCAACCUUACCAACAAGCUUGCUCGUCUUUCUCGCGGUCCGUCUUCAUGUCGUUGCUCGGAGCCUGACGUCAAGCAAGGAGUUCCGCAAGCCUUGGAUCUGCACAAACAGUCUGUCAUGGGAGCAGAGUUAGCGGACGUAUCGACUGACGAAGAUGCAGAGCUGGCCAGAGAGGUGUACAGUGGUGCCAGCAGGAUUAUCGCUCCAGGACUGCGCCACACAAGCCUGGGAGAUCUGCUGCAGCACGUUAUCAACGAAGGACUGAAGGUUGGAGGUCGACCAGAUUCGGCAAUUGCCGUGGAAACAGCACGGGGCGAGAUUAUCGAAGUACGGACCCGAGGGUCAGAUGGCACUGCUGGAUUCAAGACCAUCGAGUGGAGUCUCGACCCCGGUGUUCCUAGCACCAUGUUCAUCGACGAGAGAGAUCUAAGCAAGCUCAUAUCCUGUGUCUUCUUGAACGCGCUCAAGUUCACAGACAAGACUGAUGGCCUGAUCAAGGUGGAUGUCAAGCUCAGCAACCGUAGUCGGUACAUCUCCAUCAGGAUCUCGGACAACGGACCUGGUAUUCCUGCAGCAUUCUUGCCUCGACUUUUUCAGCCAUUCGCUCAGGAAAAUGGAUCAAUUACGAGAUCGAGUGAAGGCCUGGGCCUUGGUCUCCUGGUGGCGAAGGGCAUUGCAAGGAAGCUUGGUGGCGAUCUGAUGUGCCUUCGGGCAGAGACCACUGGAUCAAACCGUGGAACGGAGUUCGAGAUCAAGGUCCCGAUCAAUGCGGGGGAUACUAUCAGCAGGCCGGCGUCGCCGUAUCGGUCCCCUGUACCACGGCCUGCUCGACCGGCGAUGUACGAGUCACAGCACAUUCGACCUCUUCCUGCAGAGCCGGGCAGUCCUCGAAAGCUGACACGAGCACUUCACGAAGCAGUCUUCCAGAACACCUUCUCGAGACCUCCAACAAUGGUCUCACCAUCAACGCCACCAUCACCAAAAUCCCACAUUGGCGUGGAGGUCGCCUCGAGUCCGCCAAUCUCACUGCCAUCACCACCGAGCGAGAGAGAAAAGGCAUCAGCCCGUCGACGUGUUCGAAAGUCUGUCAUGAACCCGGAGAUCGACCGCACACUGUCGACGAGGUUCCCGCUCAACUUCCUGGUUGCCGAAGACAACAAGAUUAACAGAAAGCUAUUGGUCAACAUGCUCAGCAAAUUCGGGUAUAAGAACAUCUACGAAGCACACGACGGCGCAGAAGCAGUACGCCAGAUGUGCCAGCCACGAGACGAAGACAAGCAUAUCGACAUUGUUCUCAUGGACUUGUGGAUGCCACUCAUGGACGGCUAUGAAGCUACGGAGCGGAUACUGAGCAUGGAAGGUGUUCAGCAAAGCCGCAAACCGACAGUUCUGGCAGUGACAGCAGACGUGACAGACAGUGCCUUGGAACGAGCUGCGGGAGUGGGAAUGAAGGGCUUCAUGACAAAACCUUACAAACUGCUGGACUUGCAGCGGUUGAUCACAGAAUACUGCGCCAGCCACCUUGUGGACGAGACGCUCCUGGCUAUUGCUGCUUGA